GCCUGUUGAGGGUUUCAUUGUCUUUGAGCGGGACACACUCUAACUCUCCAGAGAGAUAGAGAGAAAGAAGACGCUAACUAAAGAAUCUGUGCAGUGAUAAGGAAACUAGGAAAGAUGGAAAAGGCUAAUGUGACUGGAAGAUAUGCGAAAGGAGGGAAGAAGGACAACAAGGAUAAGGGGUGGCCAUCUCGCGUUGAUGAGUCCACUCGAAUUAGGUUUUCAGAAAUCCUCGAACGCUUCCGCACAUCCAAUGAAGAAGAGUUCAAAUUUGAUUCAAAACUUAACAAUUAUGAGCGAGCUACAGUGCAUAUCAUGUGCAGGAAAAUGGGCUUGAAAUCCAAAAGUCGUGGGAGUAAGGAUGAACGGUGUAUAUAUGUUUUUAACAAGAAAAAGAGAGCCGGUUCACAGAGAGGGAAAGAAGUUCUCAAUUGUUUUAAGUUUUCAGAACAUGCAAAAGCUGUACUACAUGAUCUAUUUAGUCGGUUUCCACCUGGUGUGGAGGAUGAAAAUUCUUAUAAAGCUGGAAAAGAUAACAAGAAAGCCAAGAGGUUUUGUGGAACAAAGGAUGAUAUAUUCCAAAGACCACUAAUGCAGAGGUCAGAAAUUGCAAAGAAAGUUGAGUCCCUUGCUGCAAAAGUGGAAAAAAAUCAUGUCCUAAGACAGAUUUUUGAAGCGAGGUCAAAGCUUCCAAUUGCUUCCUUCGAGAGCACCAUUACAUCAAGCAUAGAGUCUAGUCAGGUAGUGCUAAUCUCUGGGGGAACCGGAUGUGGAAAAACUACACAGGUCCCACAAUAUGUUCUAGAUCACAUGUGGGCUAAGGGCGAGCCAUGCAAAAUAGUGUGUUCCCAGCCACGGCGAGUUUCUGCUACAUCUGUAUCUGAGAGAAUUGCUACUGAAAGAGGGGAAAAUAUUGGAGAUACUGUUGGUUAUAAGAUUCGGUUGGAAAGCAACGGAGGAAGACAUUCAUCUAUCAUAUUUUGUACUAAUGGGAUUUUGCUGAGGGUUAUAGUUGCGUAUAACAAGUUGAAAAAAACUUUGCAAAGGGAGAAGGAUGACAUGUCUGACAUUACACACAUCAUUGUGGAUGAAAUUCAUGAAAGAGACCGUUUCUCUGAUUUCAUGUUAGCAAUUAUCAGGGAUAUGCUUCCUUCCUAUCCUCAUUUGCGACUGAUUCUAAUGAGUGCCACAAUUGACGAAGAGCGUUUUUCAAAUUAUUUCUAUGGCUGCCCAAUAAUCCGAAUCCCAGGAUUCACUUACCCAGUAAAAACUUUUUACCUUGAAGAUGUACUUGGUUUUGUUAAAUCAACAGAACAUGAUCACAUUGACAAUUCAACAUCCAGUCACAUCUCAGAAGACUCGGUAUUAACAGAGGAAUACAGAGUUGCCUUGGAUGAAGCUAUAAGUCUUGCCAUAUCUGAUGAUGAGAUUGUUCCCCUAUUAGAUAUAAUAUCUUCUGGAGGGGCACCAGAAGUAAUCAACUACCAGCAUUCUUUGACAGGGAUGACACCUUUGAUGAUUUUUGCUGGAAAAGGCUGUAUUAAUGAUAUUUGCACCCUCCUUUCUCUUGGUGCUGACUGUCAUUUGAAGGCGAAGGAUGGGACAACUGCUCUAGAUUGGGCUUCACGAGAGAACCAUGCAGAAGCAGCUGAAAUAAUUAAAAAGCACCUGGAGAAAUCAUUUUCCAAUUCUACAGAGCAGCAAAGUUUACUUGAUAAAUACCUAUCAUCAGUUGAUCCUGAACUGAUUGAUGAUGUUCUAAUUGAACAGCUGGUGAGAAGAAUUUGUAUGACCUCAAAGGGUGGUGCUAUCCUGAUUUUCUUUCCUGGGUGGGAUGAUAUUAAUAGAACAAGAGAAAGAUUGCAAAAGAGUGUUUUUUUCAAAAAUGAAUCUAAGUUUUCAAUAAUCCCUCUUCAUUCUAUGGUUCCACCAGUGGAGCAAAAGAAGGCUUUCAAACGCCCUCCCCCAGGUUGUCGCAAAAUCAUUCUUUCAACAAAUAUUGCUGAGACUGCUGUUACUAUUGAUGACGUAGUUUAUGUGGUAGAUAGUGGACGCGUGAAAGAAAAAAGUUAUGACCCUUAUAACAAUGUAUCCACUCUUGAGUCUUCUUGGAUUUCAAAAGCUAGCGCCACACAGCGGGAAGGACGUGCGGGGAGGUGCCAGCCUGGAACAUGUUAUCGUCUUUAUUCAAAAGCUCGAGCAGCUUCAUUUCCGGAUUUCCAACUUCCAGAGAUCAAGAGGAUGCCUAUAGAUGAGCUAUGUUUGCAGAUAAAGCUUCUAGAUCCGAAUUGCAAUGUUGAGGAGUUCCUUCAGAAGACAUUAGAUCCUCCUGUUAAUGAGACAAUAAGAAAUGCUAUCAUUCUUUUGCAAGAUAUAGGUGCCUUAACUGUGGAAGAGAAACUCACCGAACUUGGGGAAAGGCUUGGGUCUUUGCCCGUUCACCCCCUUACAAGCAAGAUGCUUUUGAUUUCAGUAUUAUUGAAUUGUCUUGAUCCAGCACUUACUCUGGCAUGUGCAUCUGAGUAUAAGGAUCCAUUUACCCUUCCUAUGUCACCGAACGAAAGGAAAAAAGCCAAUGCUGCCAAAGCAGAGCUAGCCUCAUUCUAUGGUGGGUGUAGUGAUCAUUUAGCCGUGGUUGCUGCAUUUGACUGCUGGCAAAGGGCCAAGCAAAAAGGGGAAGAGUCAAAUUUCUGCUCUUCCUACUUUGUAUCGCCCGGCACCAUGAAAAUGAUCUCAAGAUUGCGAAAGAAGCUUCAGUCUGAAUUGGUCCGAAAUGGGUUCAUACCUGAAAACAUAUCUGGUUAUAGCCAAAAUGCUCGUGAUCCAGGAAUUCUACAUACUGUCCUUUUUACUGGUUUAUAUCCCAUGGUGGGGAGACUCCUUCCACCUCUCAAAGGUGGAAUGGCAAAAAGUGUAGUGGAAACUGCAGGUGGUGAUAAGGUUCGGCUGCACCCUUGCUCGUCCAACUUCAAGCUGUGUAACAAAAAACUAAACCGACCCAUAAUUUUAUAUGAUGAGAUAACUCGUGGGGAUAGGGGGGUGCACAUAAAGCAUUGCACUAUCAUAGGGCCACUUGCUCUGCUAUUGCUGGCAUUUGAGAUUGUGGUGGCUCCUGCAAAUGAAACCUGUGUUGGUGGGAGUGGAAGUGGGUCUGGAGGCGAUGACGAGGAGGGAGAGAAAGGAGAAUCUGAUGUGUCAGAUGAUGGAGCAGAGAAUGUUAUGUCUUCUCCUGAUAAUACAGUGAAGGUCAUUGUUGAUCGGUGGCUGUCUUUUGAUUCAAUCGCUCUUGAUGUUGCUCAGAUAUACUGCUUGCGAGAGAGAUUGGAUUCUGCAAUUUGCUUCAGAGUGAAGCAUCCUUCUAAACAACUUCCUGAGAUCCUGCGUGCAUCUACGCUUGCAUGCGCUUCUAUCCUCUCAUCUGACUGGAAGGUUGGGGCCUCAUUGCCUCUGAUCCUGACUGACUCACUCACUGCAUUAGUUGGCCCUGCGGAGGCCAGCAAGUCACAUCCUCGGAAGAAAAAAGGCGGUGCAGGUGCCUCGUUGCCUUCAGGGCCCAUCGACUCGCUCACUGCAUUGAUCGGUUCUGCUGACAUGAGUGACUCACCUUUGUACCAUAAUGAAAGAUUUCAGAACUUUCACAUGUACGAUCACGGAAGCACCCAGAACCCUCACAUGAACCACCGUAGAAGCGUCCAGAACUCUGACAUGCACGGCUCUGGAAGCUUCCAGAACUCUCACAUGUAUGACCAUGGAACCUUCCUGAACUCAGGCAUGUAUUAUCAUGGAAUCUCUCAGAAUCCUCACAUGCAUCAUCAUGGAAGCUCACAGAACCCUGACAUGUAUCAUUAUGAAAGAUUCCAGGACCCUCACAUGCAUCAUCAUGGAAGCUCGCAGAACCCUGACAUGUAUCAUUAUGAAAGCUUUCAAGACCCUCACAUGCAUCAUCAUGGAAGCUCGCAAAACCCUGACAUGAAUCAUUAUGAAAGCUUCCAGGACCCUCACACGCAUGGAAGCUUGCAGAACUCACACUUUUAUCAUCCAAGAAGACAUCCCUAGGGAUCCAUUUCAUGAUUCCACAUCAAGGAGCAGGCAAUUGGCUAAGUGGAGGUGUGAUUCUAUGAGGCUCUUUCGAGAUGGAUACUUGAUAGGAUGGUAUUUGAAGAUUGAGAAUGUUACGGUUUAAGGACUUUGCCUGAAUGGAGAUAUAAUGGUUGUUUGAUUUUUAAAGAUUCCGGGAAUUCUGCUAACUUCUUUCAGCUGAGAACAAACAUGAUCCAGGCCUUACACUGUUUUUUGUUGCCCAUCAACAGGCACUUUGGGGGGGGGGGUUAGAAGAUGCUUCUGACCAAUACUAGUACUGAGGUUACUAUUUUGAGGAAUACGUCAUUGGGGGUUUAUAGGUAUGAGGUAUCAACAAAUAGAAGCAUGUCAAUGUUUGAGCCCUCUUCAUUGAUGCUAUAAUCCUCAAGUGCUGUAGACAUUGAAUGCGUUACUAUAUUAAUGUAAAAUUUUGAAAUUAAUAUUUAUUGGUAAAGAAGUCUGUUUCUUGAGUGUUUUUUACAUCUCAAGAUUCACCAUGAACAGUACGAGGCACAAUGGCUUGUAGCUAACUGGCAAUAAAUGAUUACAGAUUUACAGAUGACAGCCACUUCAACUUGUUUUAG